CUGGCUUGAUAUUCCAACCUCAUUCCUUGUCUCUUGUCUCGACAGAAGAUCUAAUGGCUUCCAAAACCCUAACCGCCGCCUGUCUCUGCAAGGCCGUGCACUACACCCUUACCCUCCCCACAGAUCAGCUCCCACUAAAGGUGCAUCUCUGCAGCUGCACCGUCUGCCGUCGCACCCAUGGUGCACCCUGCUCGUUCCAUGCCCCUCUACCAUCUGGAAUCGCACCUGAAUUUAUCGCGCCGUCCAGUAUCGACAAUCUGACUGCUUAUGUGCAUCCCAAUGCACUUUCCGCCCGGUUCUUCUGUACCACCUGUGGCUGCCAUAUUGGAGAUCGAGACCUUGAUAACAAGGACUGGUUCAUCUCAACUGCCCUCUUCGAUGCGAAUUCUAACGAGGGCUGGUACGAGAUUCAGUCCCAUGCGUUCACCCACUCUACCCGGGAUGGAGGCAUAUCAAGUCUUCUUCCUAUGGUAAAUGGCAGAGAUAUCGAGAUCUGGAAUCCUGACCCAGAGUCAAAGGAGUCUCUUCCUACCGAAUCUAACGAGCUCUUAGCAGAAUGCCACUGCGGUGGUGUCUCGUUUACCAUCUCCCGACCAAGAAAGGAAUACAUUAAUUCCCCAUCAUCCAAAAAGUGGAUCGAUCCAUCCGACACGAGCAAAUGGCUUGCACUGGUAGACGUCUGCUCUGACUGUCGACUUGUGACUGGGUCGAAUGUGAUUAUGUGGAUGUUCGUCCCUACGGAUCAUAUAACGCCACGUCCACCUGCGGAUUUGCUAUUUGGGUCGCUUAAAGCGUAUGAGUCGAGUGAAGGGGUAUGGAGGACGUUCUGUGGGACGUGCGGUACGACGGUGUUUUACUCCCACAAGACUCGGCCUGGGAUUGUUGAUGUUGCGACUGGGAUUCUGCAUGCCCCUGAGGGUGUUAUGCUUAAUAACUGGGCGGUUUGGAGGACGGCUAGAGUGGGGUUUGUUGAAGAUGGAUUGCAGUAUGAUUCUCGCUUCACGAGGGGGUUGGAGGAGGGGUUGAGGGAGUGGGGGGUUAGGAUGCAUGGUCAGAGUAGGGACUUUGCUGUCGGUGCUGAGACUCAUGAUGAUGUUGAUGAUUGAUAUCUGUAGCACUCGUACAGUGUAUGGAUGGCCAAGUUAGGGCAUGUAUCUGUCGGCAGAAGUUUCUAGUUAAUAUUCUAUUUAGUGACCUGGAAAGUAUACAAUUACUCGUACUUGCAAUCCCCAAAUACACUACCUAGACCUCGGGCUCUCUGUUCUCU